CGCAAGCGCGACCUUUGAUCGAUCAAUAAGAUUUUUUCACACCGUAGUCGACAAAUUUCUCUCAGUGCAGUAAACUACGAUGAAUUCCGAUUCCCACACCUGUUUGCCCGAGGCUGCUGUCAUAGGCGACCUUCCCAGAGAUGAGGGAAGCGACAACAUUGCCGAAUCUGUCGACGAGCUGCGAGCUAAGCUGAGCAGGAUGAAACGUCUCAUGGAGGCUCGCAAAGGAACUACUCUUGGUGACCUCAGUGCGCGGAAGAAGAAGGAAACAUCCGACAUAAUCGACGGGAACUUUUUAUCCUGGAUUUUCGGCUCCGCACUCGCCGUUAUACUGAGCGUCAGCUUCUACGCGUUUUACAACCUCUACAACGCAGUACUAAAGAAGUUUCCUCCACGCCACUCGGAGCUGUAAAUAUUUUACGCUCAAAAUUUGAAUCUACGUCUUGGUGGAGGAGUCUUUGAAGUCGUUUCAAUUAUCAUUCGAUUCUUAAAAUAAUCAAGGACGGGAUAAUUUCUUCUUAGGCAUAGAACUAAUUUUUGCCCAAUAGAAAACUGAUUUAUAUUCACUAGAAUCGAGGUGCUUUGUCUUUAUCAAGUUGUCGCUGGUUAAGGGACCCCAAUUUCAGGGAAGAAUUAAAUAUAUUUAAGUGCACAGAAAUAUUUAUGGGUAUAGUGAUACAUCAUUUGAAUCCUGAUUUUUAUUUAGUCUUAACUUACGCGAAUCUUUUCUGUCGAGUUUAUUCUUUCGCGCGAUUUACUGGAAUGCGAAUUAAGUCGCAACGCAUACAAAUAAUCGUAUAAUAACAGUCUUGAGCGUAAUUCGUAAAUAAAUGAUGAAGGAAACUAUACCUCUAAGAAAUGCCACUUUAGAUAAUAUUUGGCCUUCAGAGAGUAUCAUGAAACAAUCGAUUAGCGAACGCUACAAAAUUUUUUAAACUUCGAAAUAGUUUUCUACAAAAUGAUUAAUUUCGAAUUGUCAAAAGUAUCGUCACACGAUUUAAUAUUCCAUAUUUUCUUUCGGUAGAGGUAACAGCUAUAUUUCAAGGGUAGAAUUUACGCACAUAUUAUACCUGUAAAUGAAUAUUUUGCCAUAUUCAAGCAGGGAAUUUAUUACGCCCACAUUCGUAGCUGUUGGAUAAGAAACUAAUGUAUACAAAUUUCUAGUCAAUAUUUAAUUAGAUUAAUUGAGAUUGAAGUCUUUACAUUCUGCUCAAAAAUAAAUUAUUUGUCACGACACUUCGCUAUGAUUAUGACACGAAAUUCAAUUCAAAUCGAUUGUAUACGCGUUAUCUAAGAUUGCAUAUAGUCGAAAUCAUAUCGGAAAGUGCCGAUGAAAACUUCACUCAGUGAAAGAACGAACCUUUUGUGCCAAACGAUUUGUGACUGAGUUUUGAUAUUAUAACUGCCAUGUAGUUAUGGAUAAAUAACAUACCAUAAGUGUUUUAACCUUCAAUUACUUAUACCGUUGUAUUACUGCAGUCGUUAUUCUAAUCAGUUUGUAUAUUUAUUUAUUUCUACAAAUAUUUAUUGAAAGUAUCACACACAAGUUGUCUAUCAAAAAUAAUAAAAUGAAACCUUUUACCCGUGGAACACAGCUGUCUAUACAGCUUAAGAUUAUAUUAG